AUGUGUCGCUCGACAGAAACAGGACCUAUGAACAAAUACAACUUCCAAAAAAUCCUCAGUUCCGGACUUAUUCGCCUUCAAAAAACUAUAAAAGACUCCCUCCAGCAUAUUGACCCCUAUGACAACAACUGUGGCAACCUCAAUGAAAAAUAUACCAAGCAAGAACACGAAACAAAAGGACUUGGAUUUGCCGAAGAUUGGCUGAUCACAAAAGUCCGUUUUCUGCAACUCAACGAAGAUCCAAGAAAAUCACAAGCUACACCCACUCAGUCAGACGGUCUUGGAUUUAUAAUCAAACGAGUGUGGGAAAUGCUACUUGCUAUUUCACUCAUCUACGAUGGCAGAGACACAUGUGUGCGGAUGUUGCAGCUUAUGAAAUCUGGAAAGCAGAUGAGCGAAAUCAAGAACCUUGACGGUGACGCUGGCGUGCGCAAAACAAGCUUCAAAGGAAACGCCACGGUCGAAUUCACCCCUGACGACUGGUACACUUUCAGGUUGAAAGCUUAUUCAUCCCUCACCGUAUUCUUGCUCUUUGGCGUGGCUGGUUGGUUCCACUGUCAAAAUGACCGACGUAGGUUUAACAUCCGUGAUUUGUAUUCAAUGUAUGCAUUAGUCCAUCAAAUGUCAUUAAAAAAGGCCACCAUCACCUCAAAAAUCACGCGAUCCCUUAACAACGUGGAUUCCGAAUCAAUCAACCCAGGCUGGGAAAGGAUGAAUCAGCACAUUGUCAAUCUUCUUGUCAAAUCUGGUGUUGGAGAAAGGACUCUUGAUUGGUUUUCUGGUUUGGAGAUGUGGAAAAAACAGCUUAAUCCUUCUGUUUUAGCCCCGUUGAUUAUCAAAGACUUCUUUUCUGAAGUUCUCGACCCUGGAUUGACCCUAUCUUCAACUGGAUCAGAAGCUCCUCAAAACAUAGACCACCAAAAAGUCCUCGAAAAUUGGCAAGCAAGAAUUCCUGAAAUUUUCUGUCCACCACAAACCGCAAUAGAAAAACGGACCCUUCGGCUUCAUAAACUAGGUCUAAUAACUGUGGACAACUCUGGCCAGGAUGAAGGUUGUGAAGGAAGAACAAAUGAACCAGCUGAAGACUACACUGAAGACAUUGCUCAAUUGAUAAAAGACCAUUGUACCCCUGGUUCAAAAAAUCAUAAAUUGUAUGAGAAAAUGAUGCAAGUAGAACAUACUUCAUGA